AUGUCUACAGAAUUGGUCACCUUGCAACUCUAUCGCGAGUGUGGGUCGACUAUCCUCCCUGCUAGCGAAGGUAGAGACUAUGAGUCGUCUCUUUUCGACCGCGAGGUCAAGAUUGGUGACCAAUUCAGCGACUUCAAGGUAGUCGAGAGUGACAAAGAGUCCACAAUCGUACACAGGGCGUCAAAGGAACUCUCCUUGCAAGUAAUUGCCAGGGUCAUAACUGAACUAGGUUCAUUGCUGAGAGAGUCUGAUGACUCUCGUGUGAGGCAUGCUUACACUCGCAUUACAUCCUGCUUUCUCUUAUCAGCGAAUCAUAUAACAAGCAACAAAGACGAUCGAGGCUCGGGCAAUUACCAUCAUGGCUCUAACACCAUGAAACCACUGCUGGUUACCAUAGACACGUGCUGCCUGCUAAGCAGAUUACUGGCUAGCCCACUCCUUUUCUUUCUCCAAAAGCUUCACAGAAUGGAUACGCGAAUGAAGCUUGAAGCGAGUGGAUUCAAAAUGCAUGACACAACAUGUCCCUUGAGCAACCCGGCAUAUGAUUCGAACUCUGGUAUUGUCACCUCCCAAAUAGGUUUGCCAAUACCGGCGUUGGGAAUACCCGAGAGUAGGCACUUCGAUGAGCAUUUUGACUACAAUAUAAAAGGGAUCUUCGAUCUUAUCAGUGCCGGUAUCAUCGCCUAA